CUUUGUCUCUCACUCCCCGUCUCCCACUCUCCUCUCCCCUCCCGCCCCGCCUGCUUCUCUGGUUCCAGCAAUCCAGCUAACUUCACUGCGCGCUGGUUCUUCACUGUCAGGACCCAUUCCCUGCCCCGCUCCACCCGGUUGCCAUUCCUAACUCUUAAAAAGCUCUCCGACAAUUUCCGGUGUCUUCUCCUAGCAGAAUUUUGCUGUUUCGGGUAGAAAUGGGUGAAGUGGAAAAUCCACAGAUUACUAGAAGAGCCACUAGAUUAUCAUCGUGUUCAUCCUCUGGCAUUCCAAAUCCAAAAAAUGUUGAGCUGGAGUUGAAACCUCUGACGAUAAAUGAUCUUGCCUUUGGUAAUGAAUCAAUUAAUUUUGAUGAGUUGAUGUCCAGUUUACCCGGCAGGCGAGCACAAAUUCGUGAAUUAUUACGCAUAUUAGGCCCCUUGAAUUCUCCAAUUUCUCCGAUUUUCAUGUAUGGAGGUGCUUCAGUUGGGAAAACAAGUACAAUUCUUCAGAUAUUUAAGUAUCUAAAGAGGCCAUUUGUGUAUUGUAGCUGCAUCACCUGUUAUAGUCCUAGGAUUUUGUUUGAGUCUGUAUUGAAUCAGUUAUUGCUACAUAGAAGGACUGAAAGCAAUGGUUAUUCUAGUGCAAAACGGUGUGAUAAGCCCUCAGAUUUUGUGAAUCUUUUACAGGAAGCUCUAGUUAAGGUUGUUGAGGAUCUGAAGAUGAAUGCGGAGAAAUCAGGAUCUAAGAAGUCAGCUCAAAGGACUAGUGGGAGGAUGGUUUACUUGAUAUUUGAUAAUUUAGAGCAUAUUCGAGAAUGGAAUAAGUCUGAGAUAUUGCCUUUCCUAUUUAAGCUUUAUGAUGUUCUGAAGAUGCCGGAGGUGGGUUUGAUCUUUGUUAGUGCUACCUCUCCUGAUACAUAUUACUCUGAUACGGGCUGUGUAGAGCCUGUUCAUGUUUACUUUCCUGAUUACACAGAAGAUGAUCUUCACCAAAUCUUUAUGAGGAGGAGCCAAGGAAACUCAAAACUGUAUUCAUCUUUUCUUGAAGCGGUGCUGAGACCUUUCUGUCGAGUUACAAGACGAGUUGAUGAGUUAUCGACUGCCUUUUCAUCAUUAUUCCAGAUAUACUGUGAAGGACUUGAUGAUUUGGGGGCUGUUCCUGAUGAACAUAUGAAGAAUAGAUUAUAUUGUCAUCUUAAGCCACAUAUUGGACCGGCAAUGAAUGAGGUAUUCAAAGUCUUGUCUAGGCCCUCCCCAGAAGUGGCCACCAACAAGAUCAAGCACAAAGUUGUUCCAACAAAAGAUGGAUUCGGUGAAUCUUCUAAUGAGGUUGACUUUCACAUGUCCGACUGUGCUAAGUAUCUUCUUAUUUCUGCAUUCAUUGCUUCAAGAAACCCAGCUACUCUUGAUGCCUCACUGUUUGAUUCAACUGGAGGCUGUAGCAGUCGGAAAAGGAAGAGGAAGAGCUCUCAGAAAUCAAUGGAGCAGAAAGAAAUUGCAGAGCAAGAAUUAGUGAUGAAAGGACCAGGAACUUUCCCGUUGGAAAGAUUAUUAGCUAUAUUUCAGUGUAUUGCAUCGGUUUCAGAAUAUUCAACUGAUGAAGAAGCAGAAGCAGGAGGAAAUAAUAAUAAUAAUGGGUUAAUGUGUGAUGUUCUCUUGCAAUUAUCAAGUCUGUGCAAUGCUAAUUUUAUCAGUAAAGGAGGAAGUUGCCCUUUGGAAGGUUCAUUACGGUAUCGAUCCAUGGUUUCUGAAGAUUUGGCUCUCAAGGUUGCCCGGACCCUAAAAUUUCCUCUGUCCAAGUAUUUGUACAGAUAACACCUGUCUCUGCCUCAGCAAAUCAAACAUUGCACAUUCUAUACAAUGUCACAUACUCACAUGUAUGGUUAAAUUUCCAAACUUUCUGUUCAGUGCUAACGUAUUGCUUUGUAUCUUUUAGUUUGCAUGUACUGCCCUGUUUGUUAAUUAUUAGUGAAAUACGUUUCUUACUUAUUUUCUUUUA